ACAGGAGGGGUGCUGGCCUGCGCCUUUAAGGUCGCAGGUCCGGGAGGCGGAGUGGAGGCGGAAGGCGGAGGGAGUCGGCACAAGAUGGCGGCGGGAGGGGCUGGGGCUGCGGCUCUGGUCGCGGAGUAAGGGGGGGGCCCCGGGGGCGCGCGGCCAGAGACCCCCCCGGCCGCCCUCUUCUUUCCUUUGUUCCUGUGGCUGGGGGGGUAUCUCCUUCCACAGCAUGGAGCCGUCUGCUCUGUCACCCAGUGGGGCCACACUCCCACUGCCUCUGUCACUGGCUCCACCGCCACUGCCUCUGCCGGCAGCUGCAGUGGUACACGUGUCCUUCCCUGAGGUGACCAGUGCCCUCCUGGAAUCCCUCAACCAGCAGCGGCUCCAGGGUCAGCUCUGCGAUGUGUCCAUCCGCGUGCAGGGACGGGAGUUCCGCGCUCACAGGGCCGUCUUGGCUGCCUCCUCUCCUUACUUCCACGACCAGGUCCUACUGAAAGGCAUGACUUCCAUUUCCCUGCCAAGCGUCAUGGACCCAGGCGCUUUUGAGACUGUCCUGGCCUCAGCGUACACGGGCCGCCUCAGCAUGGCUGCUGCGGACAUUGUCAACUUCCUCACAGUGGGGUCGGUCCUCCAGAUGUGGCACAUUGUGGAUAAGUGCACUGAACUCCUUCGGGAGGGUCGAUCCUCAGCCACUACAACCACUGUCACUACUGCUGCAGCCCCCUCUGUCUCUGUCCCUUGUGCCAGUGUCCCAUCAGGGAAUGGGGGCACUGUCGCCUCUGCCACCGUAGGCUCUGUCCGUUCCCAUACCUCCAGCAGGGCCAGUGAGAAUCAGUCUCCCAGCAGUAGCAAUUACUUCAGCCCCCGGGAGUCGACUGAUUUCUCCUCUACCUCCCAGGAUGCAUUUGUGGCCUCAGCAGCAGGUAGUGGGAACCGUCGGGACAGUGGCCCUGUGUUCCCGGUCCCUGUGGUUGGCAGUGCGGGUACCACCUCCGGGAAGUUGCUGCUGGAGGCCGAUGAGCUAUGCGAUGACGGUGGGGAUGGGAGAGGGGCCGUGGCCCCCGGGGCUGGGCUCCGGAGGUCUAACUGCAUGCCUGCCAGUGCAGUGCCACAGAAACACUGGGUGUAUGUGAAGCAAGCUAGAAAUUGCCCUGCACCAGCCUCCCUGGUCCACCAAGACCCCGAUCUAGAGGAUGAGGAAGAGGAGGAAGAUCUGGUGUUGACUUGUGAGGAUGACGAGGAUGAAGAAAUGGGGGGCGGCUCUGGGGUUCCUGCAGGGGGAGAGCCCGAGGCUACCCUCAGUAUCAGUGAUGUUCGGACCUUGACCGAGCCUGCAGACAAGGGGGAGGAGCAGGUCAACUUCUGUGAAUCCUCCAAUGACUUUGGCCCCUAUGAGGGUGGGGGCGCUGGGGCAGGGCUUGAUGACCCCGGAGGACCCACCCCUUCCUCCUAUGCCCUCACCCACCCUCCACGACCCCUCCUUCCAUUGGAUGUGCCAGGCAACCAGAUCCUGGUUUUCCCAUCCUCCUCUUCACAGGCUCCAGGCCAGCCACCAGGGAACACAGCUGAGCACGGGGCAGUGACCCUCGGGGGCACCUCCGCGGUGGGGCUGGGCAUACCAAGUGGCUCUGGUGGGGCCCCUGGAGGGACAGGCAACAGCGACGGGAAUAAGAUCUUUCUGUGCCACUGUGGGAAGGCUUUCUCACAUAAGAGCAUGCGGGACCGGCACGUGAAUAUGCAUCUCAACCUGCGACCCUUUGACUGCCCCGUGUGCAACAAAAAGUUCAAGAUGAAACACCACCUGACCGAGCACAUGAAGACGCACACGGGCCUCAAGCCGUACGAAUGCAGUGUCUGCGCCAAGAAGUUCAUGUGGCGGGACAGUUUCAUGCGUCACCGGGGACACUGUGAGCGCCGGCACCGGAUGGGCGUGGGUGGGGUCGGAUCUGGACCCGGUCCUGGACCCGGGACACCUGGGCCAGCAUUGCAGCCCAAGAGGGAGUCUUCCGCCGUGGGUGGGGGCAGUGGCGAUGAGGCAAAUUCGGCCACGCCCCCGUCCCAUAGGCGUGUCUGGUCCCCACCCAGCGUGCACAAAGUGGAGAUGGAUUUCAGUGGGGGUGGAGGUGCAGCACACUGAAGAGCAGGCAAUUGGGGAGCUUAGUCUAAGAGCAAUGGCUCCCGGGGUUUCCCCCACCUAACAGUCUUCCCUUACCUCUGUGGACAUGUAUAUAUUCUAGAGAAGGGCAUGGGUUGCACCGUCGCCAGCCCAUUCCAUUCCUCAGCCCCUUCCUCGAUAUCUCUGGAACUAAGCUGUGUUUUUUCUUUUCCCCUGAGCACACCAGAGCCCCACCUUCACGGAGUAGUGCCAACAAGGUGGGGGAAUGGAAAAGGGACCUUUUGAGCAUCCGAGUCACAGAGCCAACAGUCAGGUUGUGCUAGUUUGUGCCUGAAGUCUGUGUUUGUGUUGUGGGACAAGGCCUUUGAGUCUUAACGAUUGUCCUUUCUCCUCUUGAAGGAUACGCCCCUUAUUUCUGUACUACUCCACCCUUGCCAUGGGGAUCCCAAAUUGGGUUGUCAUGAAAGUGGGUGGAGACAAGGUGGGAGCCGCGUAGUAUAGGUCUUAAUUUUUAACGGUGAUUAAAAUAUUUAUUGGUCACUUCA